ACUCUCCGUCAGUCUCGCAGUCAGUUGCAUUUUGACGUUUUUUACGGGCAGGUGGCCAAAUCGCGAAAAAGGUGCUCCCGCGUUCGUCGCGUUUUGCGUGUGCAUUUUGAAAAUCAAGUUAUUUCACAAUAAAAUUGCGUGAUUUGUCCUUAUUCACUGGUUUGCUUCGAAUAUAUCUUCGCUACAUCAGAUACCGACCCGUUCGAAACAAAACUACGGAACUAUGGGCGGAAAACGGACUAAAAAUAAUACCAAGCCAUCCAGCAGUGGACGCAGUGCGGAAAUGCUGGGUAGUACCAUGCCAACGCUGUUCGGAUUCACCACUCUGGAUAGCAGUAAGAUGCCGGUGGUGCCGAGUUUUGUGCAGAUCGAAUCCCACGGCGAGGAUAUCGAUCCCAACCUGGACGACACGUUUCAGAUAGUGUUGAAGAAGAUGCUCAAAAAAGAUCCCAUCACGAAAACAAAAGCCCUCCAGGAGUUUACUGAGCUCGUUGGCAAGUCCGACCUGGAAGUCGUCAAAUCCGUGCUUCCGUUCUGGCCACGUCUUUAUAGUAACCUAUCUACGGAUGUGGAGCAUCGUGUGCGUGAAACGGCCCAGCAAGCACAAGCCGCCGUGGUGACUAAAGCUGGGAAGAAUGUUGCCCCCUAUCUGAAACAGCUGGCUCCGGCAUGGAUUUCCGCUCAGUACGAUACCUAUGCGCCGGCUGCCAGUCUGGCGGGGCAAUCAUUUAGCAGUGCGUUUCCCUCUAGCAAGCUGCGUGAAGUGUUUGUGUUUUGUGAAAGUGAAAUUCUCGAUUACUACACGAAGAAUUUAACGGUGCACACGGCGAUCACACUGAGUAAUCCCAAAUCUCACACCCCGGAGGAAUGCGAGAACAAGUACCAGCGCGUCUUGAUUGCAAGUCUCCGAGGAUACGCCUUGUACCUUAGCAAAAUGCCGGAGGACCAGCUGCAGAAAUCGGCCGACAAGAAUGGCCUUCUCCUGGACAAUCCUAAGUUUUGGUCCUAUCACAAGCACAAAACACCAGCCAUUCGGUCCGCUUGGUUCGAGGUGAUUUCCGCUCUGCUUCAGUAUGGAACAUUCCUGGCGGAAAAACAUCAGCAGCACAUCACCACCAAUGUUUUCCAGUUCAUGGACGAAACGGAUCCCACGGUUGUCACGCACAUUUGGAGCUCAAUCGUUCUCGUACAGGCCAAAAUUCCUAAUUGGCAUACGUACCUGAACUUCGAUAAGGCAGUGUUUCCCAAGUUGUCAAAAGUGUUGCGUACCGGAGCCACAGGGAAUGCGGCCUGCGUGUUUCCGCAUAUGUUACCACUGGUUUCGAAGUUUACUCGGGAAGUUCUGGGAGAUAAAAUGACCAAGUUCCAAACUUUGUUCUUCGAUGGAAUUAACGAGGGGCUCAAGUCGGUCCAUUCAAGUCGAACGGACAUUACAGCUAUCUCGCAGGCUUACUAUGAAGUGUUCCAGUACGUGGUGAUCCAAACGGUGAAAGACGAUCAAUUGAAAGCUGAAGAAAUUGAAAAUUUCUGUGAAACAAUGCUUGAAGAUCAUCUUGUGAACGUUAUUGAAUGGUGCAUUACGACGGAAUCUUCCAGUGGGCGAUAUAUUUUCGGUAACAUAGCAUCGCUGCUGGAUUACUGGUGUCAACACAGUGCUAACGUUAAAAUCUACCAGCAACUUUUGGCCAAAUUCUGGAAUCGGCUGUUUGAAGUGGUUGAACAGAGCGUGCGAAACAACAGAGUGGAACAUGUCGAACAAGUGUCGCAGUCGCACGUAGAGUUGGUCCAAAAUCUGAAGAGAACCUCCCACAAACGGGUCAAGUUCAACAGCGGUUCGGCCGAACGGCAAACGACCUCUUCCGAACAGGAAACCGUCCGUCAGGCCGAAGAACAUGCCCAUCGUUUCGAAGAUCAACUGAAAACUUUGGUGUACAAAAUUUGCCGGCUGUAUAUUGAUCGAAUCUCCGCUACGCGAAGCCAAGCCCUUGUCCUGCAGUUGGAAAACCUCGUCCGACAGUUCCAGUGCCCUCAGCUGUUUCAAUUUAUGGCUGGCGGCGGUCUUGGUGAGGAGGAAAUCAAACUGGACGGCUUGUUCGAAACGUUUGCGGGCAAUUGGUUGGCUGACGAACGGCUCCAGUCAGAGUACAUUGUCGAAUUGGUAUUGAUUUUGUAUAAAUACCUACCGGAGCAGGAACGAGUGCCAAUGUUAAACAAAUGGAUAAAGCUUGCCAACAAAACCGUUCAACAGUGGUUGAUACUGCGCGCUCUGAGCCACCCUCUCUGCCAGGAUAGGAACAUAACAGAAUUUCUCACCCAGUCGGAGGUGAGCCAGAACCUGAUCCGCUGUGCCCGGGCAGUGACGCAAGGCGACACCAAGGAAAACAUGAUUUUGCUGCACAAGUGUUUCCUCAUAUCGGACAGCGGCGAGGUGCUGAUCGAUCCGGCCACCUGUGCCAAAAUUGUCGAAACGAUUGCCACUCCGCUGAAGAACGACGGGGAAAUCGAAUUGAAAGACACGUGUGCCAGCUUUUUGGCGCAAAUUAUGCCGGUGGUUUGUGGCGAUGGUCGACAGGCGGAGUUGCAGCGACGAAUGUUCACAAUGCUGUUCGAUUUCAGCGCGGAAAACAGCGUCAGCGAUUAUUUGUCCGAGGACACGCUGUGGGAAGUGACGACGGCAUGGCAAGAUGCUCUGUCCAGCGAGGAUUUGACGCUCGAUCAGGAACUGAUCGAACAGUGCGCUGGAAUUGUGAACAAGGAAUUGAAAAUAUUUACUGACACGGAAAGCUUCCAUUUAGAGCGAUUUGAGAAGUUGGCGGAAAUUUGUACAAAGUUGAUGAUGUGUUCGACGGAAUCGACUAAAAGAGAUGAAGCGGAGCGUUGCAAGCAGAUUGAUGUGAUAUUUGACAGUAUGCUGAAGAGCGGGUCCAACGAACAAUCGCUAUCGAAGGAUCUGCUGGAAAAGUUAGCAAUAUAUGUGGAGUUGCUAAAUGGGGGUUUGAUGGCCAAAACGGGCGAAUAUCGCUCGGACCUAUCCACGGAGGCAUUCACCAAUAACAUGCGCUAUUUGUUGAUACGGGAAUUGUUUUGCGUCAAUGUCGUGUUCAAGUUGAGCUGCAAUCCCAAGCGAAGGCACACUGGUAACAGCGAAAGUCGAAUGGAUCACGACGGGGAGCUAGAUAACGAUUAUGAUGAAGAUGAUGCUCACAUGGACGAUGAGGAAAAUUUGAUCCACCGCUGGUCGGAAUUGAUGUACGAAAAGGUUCUAUCUGUGAUAUACUCUGUCGCGAUCGGCGAUACGCUUUUGUACAGCACCAACGAUCUUGACAGCACGGUUGAAACGCUUAUCAUAAGUCUGCAGGAACGUCUGGCGUUGAUGAUGAAAAAUGUACCAUCCGAUACGGUGGAGACACUCAAACAACGGUUGUUCCGUUUGGCCAACGACUCCGGAUUACUUUGGGCCAAAUCGGUCGCAUCCCUAUUGGAAACGAAUCAGUACUCCGACGGCGAAAGCGGAGCAGUCCUUUUGUACGAAGAUGCUUCAACGGUUGCACACAGUGAUGAUUUAAUCACUUAUAUUAACAUUCUACAGGUUCUAUCAAGAAAAAUGGCUCCUAAAUGCUUACCAAUCCGGCCGAAUCUGUUUGAAAACUAUUUUGACAUCCUGGUGAAGCUGGCCGCUACCCGCAGUCUCAUCGAAAAUCAUUUCGCUUCGAAUUACAACGAAGUUGGCGACAGGCAGAUCAUCGGAAACACUUUGAUUGUUCUACACGAGAUCAUUAGCAAACACAAUGCUGCUAAAUGUUUACUGUACAAUUGUGAUCUUUCACAAGUCGAUGCUGGAAAAAUCUACCUGGACACCGAACUGGCAAAUGUGCUAGCAGCUGUGAUGCAAAACUUUGCAUCCGAGCUCGACAUUGGCAAGUGGGACUUUGUAAGGAUUGCCCUUAGCUCGUGGAUUCUGACCGUUUCUAAAAACCAUCAAAACUUCCGGACGAAUAAUAUUUCUAUCUUCAUCGCUGCUAUCUUCCGGUUGUUCAGUGCCGUGACAAAGUUCUUUGAAGAAGAGAAGAUCAGAAGUUCUACCGAGCUUUUGACGAACGUUAUUGAAGAAUGGGAUAACGUGUUUGCCAAAGACGUAAAUCUGGUUCUGCUAAAAACGUUUAUUAAUAUCGUUAAGGAUGUUGAUCGAACAAGAAAGUCUGACGAAUACCUUUUAGAUGCUAUCAGCCCCCAUAUUGAUUCUAUAGACUUCGGCUACGUCCUUAAGGCAAACAAGGUGGACUCAAAAAUCACUCUCAACGAUCUGAUAACGUUCGCGCUGGACAAUGUCAGUCAUUGGAACGUUCGGGUGCGCAUUUCAUCGGCUGCAAUUCUUCGAAAACUAUCACCCGGUCUCAUUCAGCGGGAUCUGGAGCAAUUGCAGCGCCGUCACGAAACGGCCGAACAGCAGCAAAAGACUUCCGAAGAAGUGGACGACAGUUGGCACCUGCUGCAGCGCUUCAAGACUAAAGUGGACGAAUUCCAGCCAGCGCUGUCGGACUUUGUAGCGGAGUUCAAUUACAAGAUAAGCGAAACCGAUGAUGUCCCAGCAGUUGAGCAACUAGGAAGAGAGCGGACUACGGCGUGUCUGCUGCUGUGGGAUUGCAUUUUGGAAAUCUGUGCCAAAUCACCAUCCGAACUGCGAUCAAUUUAUGCUUCCUGGAUUACUAGGAACCAUUACGAACAGGUAUUACUUCCAACGUUUUUCAAGCUGAUGCCAAACGAAAUUUUAAAGAAUCCGGACUCUGGUGCAAUAUAUGGACAAACUAUGUUUGCUAAACUUGAGUGGAAUCAAAUCAAAAGUGCAACCUUGAGACCAGAACGGUACGCAUGUCAUCUCUACACGCAGUGUUUGCGCUUCCUGCCGGCUGUUGUGCGUCGUUGGUGGAACGGUCUGAAUCACCGGCAUGCAGCGAUUGUCGGUAAAGUCACCAGCAAUUGCGUGUCCAGUUUGCUCUGUCAGGAUGAGUUCCAAUCGUUGAUUGAGAAAAAGGACAAACAGGACAACAUGCAGAUCAAGGUUCAUGCCGCCGCACGACAGGUGAUGGCCGUUUACUCCAUCGACGAAGCGAAAGUGGAACUGCACAUCACCUUGCCGAACAACUUUCCGCUGGGCGCAGUUACCGUGGAAGGGGGCAAGCAGAUUGGUGGCCGGUUGCAGUCCCGCCAAGUGGUUAUGCAGCUCUCCAUAUUUUUGACGCAUCAGAACGGUUCCGUCUGGGACGGUUUAUCGCUGUGGAAGCGUAAUCUGGAUCGCAAAUUUGAAGGAGUCGAGGAAUGCUACGUGUGCUACAGCGUUAUUCACCAAGACACAUGCCAGCUACCCAAGCUUUCCUGUAAGACGUGCAAGAAGAAAUUCCAUGGGCCCUGUUUGUACAGGUGGUUCAGCACUAGUAACAAAUCCACCUGUCCGAUUUGUAGGAACAUUUUCUAGACCUAGAGUAUUUAUUUUGUGGCGACACCUACUUCUCAAUGUAGUCAUACAGGAAUGUACUUGUACACAAAUAGCUCAGUAAGCUACGUCUUUCGCAUAGUUUAGAAUUGAUUAUCUUGUAUGAUGCCAACUCAGUAAUCGCAGCAAACAUUCAAUUGAAAGAGUACAGACGAAUAAAUUAUUCAAAAUUAA